AUGGAGCUUUAUAUUAUUAUUUUGUUACUCGCAGUCUUUUUCUACCAGGUACAAUCACAAAUAUGCGUGGGACCUGGUCAAGUAAUUGCAACCCCUCAAAUUGUAGCUCCACCGGUGGUAGCAACAACUAUUGUCGACAACUCAGUGUCAAACGCUUUAGCAAAUGCGCUACAACUCUUAAUAGUAAGUGACCUGAUUCAAUCAAGACUGGGAUCUAAGAAUUGUAUUAACGGCUUAGGACCAGUUAUUGACGCCAUAGUUCCUGGAUAUUCGCCCAUAGUAGAUGUUGUAACACCCUGUGUAAGCUCCGUAGAUGUUGUGUCCCCAUGUGGACCAGUAAUAGAUACGUUCAUCCCUAAUUACUAUGGAGGCAUAACAGAGACUAUUAGACCAAAUAUUUUCGGAGGUUAUACUGAAACAAUAUGUGCCAACCCAUGCGGAGUUUGUGAGACCAUCACACCUAACUAUUACGGUUGUUGGACAGAAACGUGCACGCCUAACUUAUGCGGCGCCACCGAAAUCGUUAGCACCAACAUAGGUUAUCCAAAUAUAGCAACUCUGACACCCAACAUAUAUGGUGGUAUUACCGAGUGUAUAUCUCCAGCGCCAUGUGUACAACAACUUCCUUUCUGUGCAGGAGUUAACGAAAUUAUUGUACCACCUUGUGGACCUAACUACUAUAAUGAUGUAGUUGAAGUGAUUUCACCAUGUGGACCAAACUACUAUGGCGGAGUAGCUGAAUAUAUUUCAAAUCCCUUCUAUUGUGGAUUAUCAGAAGUUGUUUCUCCUUACAACCCUGGGUGUUUAGGAGGUAUUACCGAAAUUGUAUCAGGAAAUCCUUACGCACCAAACUUCUGUGGAAAUGUUAUUUCCCCUUGCAAUUCUAUUAUAAGCUGUUUACCUGAAGUGAGAACUCCAUCUUGUGGAACAUUCUAUGGUGGUAUUAAUGAGUUUUCUCCAUUUAAUUGUGGUUGCUUUGGGGGAAUCCCCGAAGUUAUCUCUAACCCGUAUAUACCCAAUUAUUUUGGGGGAGGGCCAUGCUCGCCCGUUGCUGCUGAAGUUUUAAUACCCUCAGCUAUUCCCGCACAACUUACAUGUAAUUUUGGAUAUAUGCCAACAACAGUUCCUUGUGUUAGUGUGAACGUAGAAACGCUACCAUUUGAAAAUUGUGGCUGUGGAUGCACCAGAUUGGGAGCAACAGGUAAUACAGAAUUAAAAUUAGAUGGAACAACAAAAUUUGGUAAAAAGUUAGAAGGUAUAAGGUUUGGAGAUGCAAAGUUUGGUGGUUUCACGAGUGGGUUUGGACAUCCACAGGAAAAUGUUGGUAAAGAAAUAACAUCAGAAAUUAAUGGGGAUGCUAAUUGGGCAGCUAGUUCUGAACCUUCUCGAGUGUUCCGUAGCAGAUUACAAACAAUCAUUAGCUGUAUAGUAUUUACUAGGUUUUGGCAAACUGAUGGAGAACAGUCUGUGAUGAUAGUUGUUGGGCUAGAAAAAGAGAGGGGUGGUACAAAAUUUGGGUUUUCGAUCAAAGUAGGUUGUACCAGCGGUGGACUGAUGGGGGCCUCCACUAUGCCUUCUGGUCUGUUGAAAACCACAUUGGCUUGCCUGUUCAAGCAUUGUGAAGCGGCCAUC